AUGGGAGUGACGUCGAGGGCGGUGUAUUCCUCUGUGAGGAACAUGUUGCUGCUUCAAUUCACGCUUCUGCUAAGCGCUGCCGCCCUCAUCAAUAUGAGCACCAAUGGGUCUCAACCUAACAAGCUGAUCAUUGGCUUCCAGGCUCCCUGGAACAUGUCCUUCCCCUUCAGCGCCCUGCGGCUGGGCUCGGCCAUUCAGAUCGCCGUGGAGAAGGUGAACACCAAUCCCUCCGUGCUGGGGAACUACAGUCUGGAUUUUGUGUUCAUAGACACAGACUGUAGUCCCAAAGUGUCCCUGGGUGGAUUCAUCCACCAGGUGUGGAAGGAGAAUGUGUCUGCGCUGUUUGGUCCAGCGUGUCCGGAAGAAGCCGAGGUCACUGGUCUCAUUGCGUCCACGUGGAACAUCCCCAUGUUCGGCUUUGUGGGACAAUCCUCCAAAAUGGACAACAGCGAAAUCUAUGAUUCCUACAUCAAAAUUGUACCCCCCCUUAAAAGGACCUCGGAGGUCCUGGUGAAGACGCUGGAGUUCUUCGGGUGGAGUCACGUAGCGAUGAUUGGAGGGGGACUGGAGUCAAACACUUGGAACAAAGUUGACGCUUUGUGGAAAACUGUGGAGAAUCCGCUCAGAGCAAAAUUUAAACUGGCUGCCGCGGUCAAGUUUGAUACCAGCAAUCCUGAGCUCGUUAAACGCAACAUUAAGUACAUCGCCACAGUCGCCAGAGUGAUCGUGGUGCUAACAAACAAAGAGGACUCUCUGGCUCUGCUGCUGGAGGCUGAGCGGCAGGGUCUAAUGAACGGCAACUACAUUUUCUUCCUGGUGCAGCACUUUGAGGAUAACUUGUGGAAAUAUGCCCUGAACAGCAGGAUUGACCAAGAUGCCAUAAGAGCUUUUGAUAUGGCCUUUGUCAUUGGCCAGAAAUCCUACGAAGGCUACGAGUAUUAUGACUUCUUUGAGCAGGUUUUUGAAAGACUGAAAGGACAACCAUUCCACAGCAACCUGACAUCUGAACGAGAGGUUAGCCCUUACUCCGCCCAUCUGCACGAUGCAGUGCUUCUUUAUGCGAUGGGACUGAAGGAAGUUCUCAAAGAUGGAAAAGACCCUCGCGAUGGACGGCAACUGCUGCGGAGACUGAAAAAUAAAAAUAGCAUUCGAUUUAAUGGUGCGUCCGGACUAGUCCACUUCGAUGAAGAGGGGGAGAGAAACCUGGACUAUUCCAUUUAUAACCUGCAGCAUACAGGAGACAUCACCAAGUUCGUCGCCAUCCUCCAUUUUGACAGUCACACCAAAACUGUCCGGCCAACGUCCAUGUUUGCUUCUGUGGUCUGGCCCAAAGGAAGACCCCCUUCUGAUAAACCAGAAUGUGGUUUCAACAACGAACUCUGUGAAUGGCUGGUUAAUGACAUCGCCCUGCUGGCUCUGCUCGUGACCUUCCCCGUCGUCGGCGUGCUGGCGGUUUUGUGCAUCGGGGUCCUCAUUCUGCAGAAGCUACAGCUGCAGACCAGGCUCGACGACUCCUGCUGGUGGCUGAUCAACUACAGCGACAUCACCGUCAUCAGGGAGUCCACGGGAACUCAGGGUUUAUCUCUGAGCACCACGGCCAGUCAGAGCGGGAGCUCUGGCUCUCAGUCCAAUUUCUCCAACAACAGCUAUGGCCUGAGGGACAAGGCAGGGAAGGAACACAUCUUCACCACCAUCGGCCUUUACCAGGGAAAUCAAGUGGCCAUCAAGUACAUCAAGAGCCCCGUUAGCCAUAACUUCCAGAAACCUUCAAUUAUCGCGGAGUUCAAUUUGAUGAAAGAGAUGAAACAUGAGAACCUGGUGCAGUUCUUUGGUGUUUGCGUUGAGCCACCGAACGUCUGUUUGGUCAUCCAGUACUGCAGGAAAGGCAGUCUGAAGGAUGUUCUGAGUGCGUCAGACAUCGAGCUGGACGGGAUGUUUAAGAUUUCCUUUGCUUAUGACAUUGUCAGUGGAAUGGAGUUCAUUCACAAAAGUAACCUGAAGUUUCACGGGAACCUGAAGCCCAGCACAUGCCUGGUGGACAGUCGUCUCCAGAUAAAGCUCUCUGGCUUCGGACUGUGGGAGUUUAAAUACGGGAACAAAAACAAGAUGAUCCAACCGCCAAACGUCAAUUACGAGGAGAUGUACUGGACAGCCCCCGAGCUUCUGAGACAAGUCGGUCUCCCGGUCCACGGAACGCCCAAAGGUGACAUCUACAGCUUUGCCAUCAUCAUGUGGGAACUCAUGUACAACUCCAAGACGAGCCCGUUUCAAGACAUCAACCUGGAACCCAAAGAGAUUAUCAUGCAGUUGAGGACACCUUUCCAAGGGGAACCCCUGCGACCAGUGCUGUGUGAGCAGCUGUGUGACGAGAAAUUCAACUCUCUGCUGAGGGCCUGCUGGAGCGAAAACCCCGACCACCGACCGCCAUUUGGGUCGAUAAGGAGACAGCUGAGGGACACCAGCCCAGACAGUCAUGCAAAUAUACUGGACAAUAUGGUGGAAAAGCUGGAGAAAUAUGCAAAUCACUUGGAGGAGGUGGUGGAGGAGAGGACCAGUCAGCUGACAGCAGAGAAGACCCGUGCAGACAAGCUUCUCUCCAGCAUGUUGCCAAGGUACAUCGCAGAUCAGCUGAUGGCGGGGAAAUCAGUGGAGCCACAAAGCUUCAACACAGUAACCAUCUUCUUCUCUGACAUCGUGGGCUUCACCUCCAUGUGCUCCAUCAGCUCUGCGAUGGAGGUGGUAACGUUCCUCAACGACCUCUACAGCCUCUUUGACGACAUCAUCAAGAUGUACGAUGUCUACAAAGUGGAAACAAUUGGAGAUGCAUACAUGGUAGCCAGCGGUCUGCCGAUCAGCAACGGCAAUAAGCACGCUUUGGAGAUCUGUACGAUGGCUCUGCAUUUCAUGAGUGCCAUAAAGGUCUUCAGAAUCCACCACAUGCCUACCGAGAGCCUUGCAAUUCGCAUUGGGAUACACUCUGGUCCGGUGGUUGCAGGGGUGGUCGGCACCACGAUGCCUCGCUACUGUCUCUUUGGUGACACGGUGAACAUGGCCUCCCGCAUGGAAAGCAACAGCUUACCCCUGAAGAUUCACAUAUCUCAGUGCACAGCUGACAUUCUGGUCCAGGCGGGAUCAUUUGAGCUGGAGGAAAGAGGGGAAAUUGAAAUGAAGGGUAAAGGGUGUCAUAAGACCUACUGGCUGCUCAGCAAACAGGGGUUUAAUCCUCCUGCUAUUGCUCACAGCCCACCAGAUGACAGUCUCAAACGACAAACAGAGGUACAGUUAACGCACAUCACAGUCACUUUUUGA